CCUUUUCCUUGCAGGAGGGAAACUUCUCCCAGCAACUUUUUUUUUUGUGUGUGCGUGUGUGUGUGUGCGCGAGUGUGUGCGUGGUGCGUGUGUGCGUCUCCCUUUUGGGUACCGCUGGCUGCCGCUGCCUCCUUUUCCUCCAGCCCCUGUCUAUUUAUGUGUGUAUCUAUCCCUCCUCAAGUCACUCCCUGCUGCAAACUUCCCCGGAUCGUCUCCCGCGCACCAGAGAGAGACGGGCAGAGAUUGGGUCGGGGACUCUCGUCGCGGCAGCAUGUUUCAGCCCACACCCAAGCGGUGUUUCACCAUCGAGUCGCUGGUGGCCAAAGACAGCCCCUUGCCCGCGUCUCGCUCCGAGGAUCCUAUCCGGCCGGCGGCGCUCAGCUAUGCCAAUUCCAGCCCGAUGAACCCUUUUCUCAACGGCUUCCACUCCACUGGCAGGGGGGUCUACUCCAACCCGGACUUGGUCUUUGCAGAGGCCGUCUCGCACCCGCCGAACCCGGCCGUGCCGGUCCAUCCCGUGCCCCCUCCUCACGCCCUGGCCGCCCACCCGCUGCCUGCUUCGCACUCCACGCACCCGCUCUUCGCCUCGCAGCAAAGGGACCCCUCCACCUUCUACCCGUGGCUAAUACACCGCUACCGGUAUCUGGGCCACAGGUUCCAAGGGAAUGAAACCAGCCCGGAGAGUUUCCUAUUGCACAACGCACUGGCCAGGAAACCCAAACGGAUCCGUACAGCUUUCUCCCCAUCCCAAUUACUGAGACUGGAACAUGCCUUCGAGAAGAAUCAUUACGUAGUAGGAGCGGAGAGACAACAGCUGGCACACAGCCUCAGCCUCACGGAAACUCAGGUAAAAGUAUGGUUUCAGAACAGACGGACAAAGUUCAAGCGGCAAAAGUUGGAAAGAGGAAGGUUCAGACUCACAACAGAAGAAAAAGGGACUCAUCACAUUAACCGGUGGAGAAUCGCCACCAAACAAGCCAGUCCAGAGGAAAUCGACGUCACGUCGGACGAUUAAAAACUGGCACUUUGGGACUUUUCAAAGCCAGCGCGCCACCGACCGAAAGUGUUAAAGGCUCACCCCGCACACCCCCGCGGCGUGGCGGUGCGGGGAAGGACACGGAGAUCUUCAUCAAAACGCGAUUCCAGCCUGGGAGGGAGCUGGGAGCGAGCGAGGGCCAGCCUGCGAGGGGUCCGAACUGUGGCACUGCCGGCACCGCUCUGGCAAAGGGCAUCUGUCAAUCCGAGCCAAAACACCGGGACGAGGUGAUUGACAGGUAUUCCGUUUAUCGCAGUCCACUUUUAAAAGCAUAAGGUUAAAAAAAAAAAAAAAAUUAAAAAAAUAUAUAGAAAAAAAUCUUUAAAAGAAAAAAAAAAUAGAAGAAAGAAAAAAAAAAAAAAAAAAGUCCCCAACCAAACCAGAAAAAUUAACACCUUACGGGACAUUUUGCACUUCACGGUUUUUUCCGUCUUUGAAAGAGAAAUUUCUAUAAGCAGCCAAAACCCACACCUGUUUCAGAAACUUGAAUUGCAUGUGUAAAGCCGCCUGGGGA